GUCAUAGAUGUUUACAGAACAGCUUCACUUGCUGUCAGACGGUCUGACUAAUAAGCUAAAAUAAGUUAUCCAUAAUCGAAAGAUUCAAGAGUUGUUGUGAGGAAUUUUGAGAAGAAGGAGCAAAAUGUUGGAUGGUUGGUACUGUCGAUCAAUGGCAAGUCAAAAUGCAGCACGAAACAAUGAUAAUGACGAUGACAAUGAACCGAAUGUUGUCGAUGAUUCCGACGAUGAUAGCCAGGACAUUCCAGUGGCACGUUUGAUGCCCCGUGUUGACUACAAAGCACAGUACAUCGCACUGAAAAAGAAGCUCAAGUUUUUACUUUAUGAGAAUGAAUUUUUUCAAGACGCCCUUCGCUCAAGCCAGCGACGUUUGCUGAAAGUUACACGAGAUCGUUCGUUUUUGCUUGAUCGAUUGUUACAAUAUGAAAAACCAGAGAACUCUGAGUCUGACAGUGAUGACGAUACGGAGUCAAGCGAAGAUGACGGUAGUCGUACCGAAAAUGUGAGAAAGCGAAAAAACAGUACAACAAAUGCUGCUCAAAAUAAAAACACUGCACCGAAGCGACGAAAACAAACCCAAAAGAAAGCGAAUAACACAACAGUACGUGCACCGACUGUCAUAAAUACAGACACAAUAACCGAUGGCCAUAUGACUGCCGAAGAAGUUGAACGGCAUUUACAAUCGAAACAAUCACUGAUUGGAAUGGUUCCAAUGGAGGCACCCGCAACGGUACCCACCGAAAUGUUCAGCAAUGAACCAAGUCUCGAUAGUGAAUCAAAUCUGGUAGAAACGUCGCCGAGCAUGCUGAACGAAGACAUCGGUGGCAUUGAUUUGUGUAAUACUCACGAAUAGGGACAUCUCUAAAUAAUAAUUUCUAUAAAAUUUCAUCAUCAAAAGUAUUUCAGUCUAAUAAAAGAAUUCAUUUUCGAA